UUAUUCGUAAUCAGUCGGGAGUUUUCUUCAUUCGUUCUUGUUGGAUUUUCUUCUUUCCCCUUAAAUUUUUUUUUUAAAGUUCUCAAUUCUUUCAAAACAAAUUCCACGCGGAUGAAAUUUGUACAACUUUGCAAUAAAGCGAUUUGAGUUUAUUAUACUACACCGGAAACUUUGUGCGCGAUUUCGUUUGUGUGAAAGAAAAAUUGAAAUUGAAAGAAUCCAAAGUGAAUCCUAUAAAAACAUUAAAUGGUAAUAUUUUGAGCUCGGCGGAGAAACGAUGUCAAAACGAAAGUCACAAUUGCGCAGACCGUAAAUUUUGUCCACUGAUAUUCCAGUUUUAAAGGUUUUUUGCACAAAUUUGGAAACAGGCAAUGAAUGGUAUUUCUUCUAUGAAAACGCUUUUUACAAAAUCCAACAGCCAUUCGGAGGUCACUAGUUAGACCAUCCUUUUGACAGAUAUAAAAAAGAUUAGUAAAAAAAAGCUGCCGAUUUGCCGCUUCUUGGCAGGAUAUAAAUCUGUGACAUUUCCCAUAACAGCCAGUUUAACCUUACCGAAAUUGUACCGGAUUUUAUAUGGCCAAGAGCUGUGAUCUAACCUUGUUUGGAUCGAUUCGACACGUCAAAAAGUGUGUUGUGCACGAAUGAAGAAAGAAAUCGAGUUGACAAGCAGUAGUAAAGCCUUGUAACAACAGUAAACCAAACAAAGUCAACUUCAGAUCAAAUAGCAUAAAUACACAAUACAUAACUGCAAAUAUACAAUAGCAACAAUAAAAGCACGAAACUAACAAAUCGAGCAACAUCAAUCGUCAACCGUCAAGAAUCGAGAAUUCACAAAUAAAUAAACCAAGUUAACAACCACGACGACGACUAACACCGAUUCGAAAUCUAAACAUUUCCGUUAGAACUGAAACAAAAACAACAAAGUUGUAAACUACUAGCUCAGCAAAACGCGAUUCAAAGCAAAAUAUAAAAACAAAAUAGGCGAAUUAAAAAAAUAUUAAGUUUUUGUAACAAAAAAAUAAAAAAAUAAAAAAAUAAAAAAUAAUUAGUAAUCCUAAGUAAAAGCGGUAAAAUACCACUAAAACAACAACAACUACUACAGUAAUUUUACAUAGUAGUAGUACUCAUAGUAGUAACAGCAGAAGCAACAAAGCAACUGUAGAGGAGCAGUAAACUAAGAGCCACCAAAAAAAAAAGAACAAAAUGUCAUUUCGCGUCGUACGAAGUUCGAAAUUUCGUCACGUCUACGGUCAGGCACUGAAACGUGAGCAAUGCUACGACAAUAUACGCGUCUCAAAAAGCAGUUGGGACUCCACAUUCUGCGCGGUGAAUCCGAAAUUCUUGGCGAUCAUUGUGGAGUCCGCUGGCGGUGGAGCAUUCAUUGUACUGCCACACAAUAAGGUUGGUCGCAUAGCUGCCGAUCAUCCAUUGGUGGGAGGCCAUAAAGGACCCGUUCUGGAUAUUGCCUGGUGUCCGCACAAUGACAAUGUUAUCGCCUCCGGCUCUGAGGAUUGUGUGGUUAAGGUUUGGCAAAUACCCGAUGGCGGUCUGUCACGCACCCUCACCGAACCAGUUGUCGAUUUGGUGUUCCAUCAACGUCGCGUCGGUCUUGUGCUUUGGCAUCCAUCGGCAUUGAAUGUGCUGCUGACGGCGGGCUCGGAUAAUCAGGUUGUCAUUUGGAAUGUGGGUACUGGCGAAAUACUCGUUCACAUCGACUCGCAUCCCGAUGUUGUAUAUAGUGCAUGUUUCAACUGGGACGGUUCAAAAUUAGUAACCACAUGCAAAGAUAAAAAGAUACGUAUCUAUGAUCCACGUAACGGUGAAAUAGAAAGCGAAGCACUUUGUCAUGAAGGAUCGAAGGCAACGCGUGCCAUCUUCCUGCGUCAUGGUCUCAUCUUUACCACCGGCUUCAAUCGUUCAUCGGAACGUCAGUAUUCACUGCGCGCACCUGAUGCUCUUAAUGAACCCAUCGUCAUGGUGGAGUUGGAUACAUCAAACGGUGUGAUGUUCCCACUUUACGAUGCGGACACGAAUUUGAUUUAUCUAUGUGGUAAAGGUGAUUCAGUUAUACGUUACUUUGAGAUAACGCCCGAGCCACCGUUCGUGCACUAUAUCAACACAUUUCAAACGCCAGAUCCCCAACGUGGUAUUGGUUUGAUGCCAAAGCGUGGCUGCGAUGUCACAAGUUGCGAAAUAGCUAAAUUCUACCGGCUAAACAAUAAUGGCUUGUGUCAGGUGAUCUCGAUGACAGUACCGCGUAAAUCGGAUCUCUUCCAAGAGGAUUUGUAUCCGGAUACCUUAGCCGAGGAUGCGGCACAAACUGCCGAGGAGUGGAUUGCGGGAAAUGAUGCCGAACCAUUGACAUUUUCACUCAAAGAUCGUGUCUCUAUUGUACAGGGUGGCUAUGUCUCACAAUCGGCCAGCAAGUCGCUGUCGGUGUCAAAGAAGGCGAACAUCCUCAACAAGGCCUCAGCGGGCACCUCGAAGAGUGCGACCAGCGCAGCGCUUGGUGGCAAUCAUACGACAUCGAAUAACAACAACGCAUCGAGCGGGUCCGGUUUUGUGAGCGGUGUCAGUGAAAAGGAUCUGCGCGAUAUCACCGAUGAAAUACGCAAAUUGAAAGCGAUCAUUGUGAAGCACGAGAAUCGUAUACGCGCGCUGGAGGCGGCCGUGCGUGCACAAGAAGGUGACGAUACCGAUUCACGACCAGCGGCGGCGCCAGUCACUGCCGGCAAUGGCAAUUCAUCGUCUAAAGCGGCCACGGAUGGCGGCGCGCAAAAGGAGAGCAACGAUAAUAGCAGUGCCAACGAUCAGAGUCACUCGACUGCCGCGAACGACGAUGAAUUUUAAUUAAAUUUAUAUAUAACUAUUUUUAAUUAAACUUGCUGCGCGACGCUUUAUCGAUUCAAAAUACGUUUCGUUUGUAUUAAUAUUAAUAUUAUUUUAUCGAUUUUUAAUUUAUUUUUAAAAUAAUAUAUAUAUAUAUAGCUUUUCCACCUUUUAAUUUUAUGAAAACCAGAAAGAUACAUUUUCAUUUUUACAUUUUAAAAUAAAUUUAAAAAUUAUAUAAAUAUAUUGUUUGUAAAUUGUCAACACAUACACACACACACACACACGCGCCCUAUCUAAAAUCAAUAUGUAAAUGUGCUUUAGUUAUACCAUAAAAAAAUCGCAAAUAACUCAAAAACAAGAAAAUAAAAAAAGUUGUCUGUAACUAAAACAACGCAAAAUAAAGCAAAACGAAAACUUGUAAAUUACUAUUGUAAAAGAGUAGUUAUAACUCGAUGCGUAUUUUUUUUAUUUAUACUUAAUGCAAGCUCUUUUCAGUAAUGGUAAACCGGAGAGCUUUAAAUAGACGACUACUCACACUGUUUAAGUGCGCACACUUUCAGUUUAAUUAGCUGUGCCGAAAUUAAGCUAAACAAAUGCUCAAAUGGUUAUGUGCUUUUAAAUAGCAAAAUCAUUUCGUAUAGCUAGUUGAUUUUAUUUUUAAAUACAUGCUACAUACUCUGCUACAAAACUACAAUUGACUGUAAAUGAGAAAUAUGCACUAUAUAGCAGCAGUAAAUAGGCCUAAAUAAAAUUAAAACUUUUUAAAUUCAUUGUAAAAAAAUAUCUUUCAGACUAUGUGGAACUAAUAAUGGUUCAGACUGACUAAAAAUGGCGCACUUAAAAACAAUUUACACAUACGUAUAACUAUUAACCACACUAUUUGUACAUUUAUCAUAAAUAUAGUGAUCGUUUUUUAUUAGUUGUUUACACUUGAAUGUGUUUUUCUCCCGCCGUUGCUGCCUUUUUAGCUCACAAAUAUUCGCGUUGUAAAAUAACUUGAUAAAAAACAAAAUUCAUACAUAACUAUAUAUUAACACUCAGUUGUUGCUUAACACGCAUAUAAAAAAAUAUGUUUGCUACAAACAUGCUGCAUGCUUGUUAAUAAACAACAAGCAUGCGUAAAAAAAAUUUAAAAUUUUAGAAAGUGAUUAUGAUUAAAUAAUAUCUCUAAUACAAAAAUGAAUAUAUUUAACUAGAAUUAGGCGAAUAAUUGAACUACAAAAACUGCGUGCGCAGUAUUUAUUUCCAAACUAGCUAAAUCCUAAACUAAUGAAUACAAGAUUGUUAUUAACAUUUUUUUUUUUAAAUAUAUACGCAAAGACUUCAAGUUUUUUUUUAUAAUAUGCUGUAUUAAUUUACAAUCUGCCUUAUUAUUAAAUUUAUUAAAUUGGUUGACAAAAAAUUUAAAAUAUUUAUUAAUUUUUUAAACAAAUUGUAAUAUGGCAAGUUUUGUGCAUUUGUGAUUGUUCAAUUAUUUGCUUUUAUUCAUUUACAAAAGUCCUAUUUACUUUGAAUUAACGUCAAUGAACAAAUUGUAAGGAGAAUUACUAACCAAAAAGGAAAUUACAAACUACUAAACAACGGAGUUCAGCAAUAGCAGAGACUUGAAUUUAAUAAUAUUAAAUUAUAAUGUCAAACUGAAAACAUGAAUAAUUUCAUGUUUUUGCUGUCUGUCCAAUGCUGCGAGUCGUCCUCUUUAAAAUUAGCUUACUUAUACAAAAUUUAUGCCAAAUUAAUGUAUUUUUAAUAUAUAUACAUAUACUUACAUAAUUACAAAAAAUAUAUAUAUACUUAUGUAAAGCAUAAAGCAAACUAUUGUACUACUACUAGUAUGUGACAAGCAUAACUAAUAAACAUUAUAAUAUAUAUUUAUAUAGAAAUUUUUGAUAACUGAAAAACUUAAAAAGAGAUCGUUGUAAUUUUUAUAUUAAGCGGGUAAAAACCAUACAGUGUGUGAAAAAAGAUGUUACUGCUAGAGAAGCAAAUAAAUGAGCAGGUAAACUUAACAUUUCAUUGGUAAAUGUUGCAAGCGCUAAAAUAAAGCUUUGAUACUAAAAACAACUGGUUGCUGCUUGUGAAAAACAUGACAAGGUUCAGUCAAACCAAUAAAUUCUGUAAACUGCGUAUGUAUGUAAAUUAUGAAAACUACUAUCUUUUCUUUAAGAUAUAUACAUUUUAUGUUGCCUCGAAAUGUGUGUACUUUCUAUUUUCAUUUUAUUUUAUGUGAACAUUAUUUGUUUUAUUUGUCUUAUUUUUUAUAAUUUUAAUGUACUCAUAUUACGUUAUUUUAAAAAUAUUUAAUUUGUUUUGAAAUGUCUCUCUUUUUACGCUAUUUUUAUAUUAUUAUUUUGUGUACUUUUUAUAUUGCUAAAAAUGCCUUGUUAUGGAAUGUGUUUCAAUAAAUGCGAUUGUAAUUCUUAAA